AAAUAAGACGUCACUGACUAUGAUGUGGUUACGCGUUGUGACCACUAGAGGGCAGAAAAUCCCAGUCGUUCAAAAAAGCUUAACAUUAAACGCUCUCGUGACGACCAUCCUCCACGAGCGUGAAAGCAGACACACUUCCGGUUUGAAAGCAGCUGGUUUUCUGUCUUCGUUUUUAGUUCGUCCAACCGGAGUUUUCGCUCUCUAACUACCGGUUCAUACGAACUAAUCCUCUAACGAACUGACCGACGUCUGCGGGAUUAUUGAUCUCAUUGUACGAAACAAGUUAGGAUGAGUUGGUGAAGAGGAAACCAACUCUCCGACAAGGAAGCGGCUCACGUCAUGAUUUCAACAGCUGACAGGUGAUAAUAGUAUAUGGAAGAACUCUACGAUGUGGACAGACAAGCAAAGAGGAAUCAGAGUUUCCCGAAAGGAGCUGCUCUGCAAGAACUCCUGUGGCUAUUAUGGAAACCCUGCGUGGCAGGGCUUCUGCUCCAAGUGCUGGAGGGAGAAGGCACGGCCGGCUGCAGCCUCGAGGCAAGACGCGAGGCCGAGCAAUGAUGGAACUCCUCUCACCUUCUCCAAAUUUGAGGAGAAGAAAAGCACAGAGAAAGGUCGUCGAAUCAACACCAUGAGGAGACUCUUCUGGGGCAGCCCAUCGCCUCCCAAACCUCAAGAGUCCUCUGAAAGGCAUGCAAAUGUGUUGAAACCUUAUCAAAGCCUCGAGCCCGGGGACUUCACUGGUUUCCUAAAGAUACUAAAGAGCCCUUCCUCUCAGCGCCUGCAGUCCCGAUGUACAGCUUUCCUCAACACAAUGGAGGCGUACCAUGAUCUGCCGGUACCGAAGCAGUCCGAUCUUGUGCAGGAUUUCUUCCAGUCUUUUGCUGAAUAUUUCAGCAGUUUUCCUGAGGCUCAGGUCACUCAGAUAAUGGAGCAUGUAGAGAAGUUGAUAAUGACACGGUUACACAAAUGGGUUUUCUGCCAUGACAGCUGUGACGAUGAACAGAAGGACCUCGCUCUCCAGAGGAGGAUACGAUCUUUGAACUGGAUCACUCCGCAGAUGCUGAGCGUGCCUUUCCCUGAUAAGAAGACGGCGGUCUCCGGCGACCCCUUUCUGUCUGCUAUAACAGCUAUAAUUGAAAUGGAUGCCAAACGAGCGCCUCAGGACAAACUUGCUUGCGUGUCCAAAUGCAGUCAGCAUGUCUUUGAGGCGCUCUCCACCUCGAACAGUGAGCCCGCCAAUGCCGAUGACUUCCUGUCCGCUUUGGUUUAUGUGGUGCUGAAGGCCAAUCCACCUCGCCUCCACUCCAACAUGCAAUAUGUGAUUCGUUUUGGUCUCCCUCACAGUCUGAUGGCAGGAGAGAGCGGCUACUAUUUCACAAAUUUGUCUUGUGCAGUGGCCUUCAUCGAGAAGCUGGAUGGACCAGCACUCAACCUCAGUCCAGCGGAGUUUGAGGGCUACAUGCUGCGUCAGCGUGCUCCCUCUGAAGGAAAGAGGCAGCAGGUUGCCAGUGACACACAGCAUCUGUUCGAAGAGCUACAAGGCAGACAGGAGAAGCUGGACCAGGGGAUGGAUGCGCUCAACGUGCAGCUACAAACUUGGGUCGCAGCUGUUCAUUCACAACUGGAUGAGGCCACAGCCCAGUUUGCUCUGGUACAGAAGGAGAUGGCAGCUCAGGGCGAUCUGUCGCAGGUCUCGUCAUCUCAUGAUGCUUCACCACAAGAGGACGACGCGGAUGAGUCUGUCCUGGUGCUUACGGAUCCACAUGCAGGCACACAAGAUACAGACUGUUAGCUAUAUUAACACAAACGCUUGAUCUGGUACUGGACCUUUUUAAAAAUAAAAUCAUCAGCACUAAUUUGUGUAGGCUUUAAAACAAACACAGAUGUAUAUUCCAAUCUCACACUUGCACAUAUUCCAGCCGCAUGAAGCCGGGAUUCGUAAGCCAGUUGAACAUGAAGGAAAACCUCCUUGAAGGAAAACUUUUUGCAUUCGUGAUCACAGAGCUCACAGCUUAUUUUUAAUUACUUUGAUAAAGAUUUGCACUUGUAUCCUGUUUGAGGAUGAAGGCCAUUAAAAUUACAUUCCCAUAUAUAAUAACAGAUACAGAUAUUUAAGCACUCAGGUAGAUACACCGCACUUGGGGAUAUCACGUAACACUUAGAGUGCUUUUCUAAUCACUUUUUUCUAAUACUGUAUAGCAAUGUGCCUCUAUGUAGACUGCUGUGAAAUGAAAAAUAUGCUACAGGGAAAAAAAUGUGAUGGCCGUUGUCGACCACCGUCUGUAUUGAGUUGAACCGCGUUGCCGAGCCGCUCCCAACAUGCUGCCUUGAAGAAGAAUUAGCUGGUGCAAAACAGUUUGAAACACAUAUUGUCAUCUGCGUUAGUGUACUGAAGAUAUUCGUUGUUUACAACUGUUAAAAAGUUUAUGAAGAAAUUAUAUGCUUGUAUUUUAUGAUCAGUUAUUGUAUCCAAUAUUAUAUUCAAAUUGAUUUAAUGGGUUUUUGUGGGUUUUUUAAUUAUUGAAUGUUUGAGAAAACACUUUGGUCUACAGUAAAUGUUUUGUUAUUUGCUUGUAUGCAAACAGCAAAAAAUACUCUGUGAAAGAAAUCCUUGACUGAGUUUGUGUUCUUGAAUAAUAAAUAUUGAGUAUACAUCUA